UACGAAGCAGGUGUCAUGACUCGUUUUUCAACACAGAGCACGCUAGUGGCAUCUGGUGGUCAAAAGGAUGAAGUGCCUCAGCGUCCCAAAUCAGUCACGUGGUUGAAGGUUCGGCCAUCAUUGGUCACGUGUUCACGGCAAAACGAAUCAAAGCACCGAUACAGUGUUUCGAAGUGUUUUGCUCUUUUGACACACUCCUCAGAGAGUAUCCCUACAGAAACCAGUUUUAGGAUCAUGUCUGGCACUGGAUUCAUCUACGAUGAGGAAAUGACUCGGUACAAACUGCUCUGGACUGACCCAGCCUGUAAGAUCGAGGUACCUGAGCGCCUAACAGUUAGUUAUGAGGCGCUGAAGUGCAGAGGUUUGGAGCAGAGGUGUGUGUGUGUUCCCACUCGCCAAGCAACUGAUGAGGACAUCCUGCUAGUUCACAGUAAAGAGUAUCUUGAAGCUGUGAAACAAACCCCACACAUGAGCUUAGAGGAUCUGUUGACCUUCACUCAGCAGUAUGGUGACGUUUAUUUUCAUCCCAAUAUCUACCACUGUGCUACGCUGGCGGCUGGUGCUGCGCUGCAGCUGGUGGAUAACGUUAUGACGGGGAAAGUGAGGAAUGGAAUGGCUCUUGUAAGGCCCCCUGGUCAUCACAGCCAGCGGAGUGAAGCCAAUGGUUUCUGUGUGUUCAACAAUGUGGCUAUAGCUGCCCUCUAUGCCAAGAAACACUAUAACCUCAACAGGGUGUUGAUCGUGGAUUGGGAUAUUCACCAUGGACAGGGAGUGCAGUACUGCUUUGAAGAGGAUUCCAGUGUACUGUAUUUUUCGUGGCAUCGCUAUGAGCACCAGCGUUUCUGGCCCAACCUUGCUGAGUCUGAUUAUGACAGUGUGGGGAAGGGCAAAGGAACUGGCUUUAACAUCAACCUGCCCUGGAAUAAGGUGGGAAUGAGCAAUAGUGACUACCUCUCAGCUUUUUUCCAUGUCCUCUUGCCCAUUGCAUAUGAGUUUGAUCCUGAGCUGGUGUUUGUCUGUGCAGGAUUUGAUUCUGCCAUAGGAGAUCCAGAGGGUCACAUGUGUGCUUCUCCAGAGAUCUUUGGCCACCUUACCCACCUGUUGAUGUCUCUGGCUGAGGGCAGAUUGUGUGUUGUCUUGGAGGGUGGAUACAACUUAACGUCUCUUGCUCAGUCAGUUUGCCAGACCGUACACACUCUGCUUGGAGAUCCCACACCAGUGCUGAAUGAUAUUGGUCCCCCAUGUCACAGUGCUGUGGAGUCUGUCCACAAUGUUCGAGCUGUUCACCAGAAGAACUGGGGCUGUCUCAAAAACAUGGGCUGCCCUGUCUCAGAGCCAAGCACCAAGCGCUACAGAGUGGAAGAGAAAGAUGAACAGCAGGAAGAAGAGACAACUGAACAUCGAGUCUGGCCUGAACCCUUACCUAGAGAUGCACCUCCUGUGCACACGGCUGCGCUGAUCUCUAAAGCGCAGGAGGACUGGCUCCCAGAGGCUUGUCAGUGCCUGAGUGAAAUAUCACCAGAGUGUAUUCAGGAGGCGGAGAAAAUCAGGAAUAAACAUUUUCAGGACGUGACUGAUGAGAAGUCCUUACAGUGCAUCCAGGAUGUUGUUUCACUUUUGGAGAAAAUCAAGAACAAAGAGGUGCGGAAUGGCUUGGUUGUGGUGCCUGAUGCGAUUGUAUCUCUGAAGUGUGCUGUGGAGCAUGCCGUAAACUCACUGUCUGAGCGGAUUUUGGUGCUGUUUGUGGGAGAUGGUGAUGUUCCAGUGGACACUAAAGAUGGGAGAGUGCUUUUGGUGCAGAUCUGCAGAAAAGAGCCUGAAGGAGUGAAGUCUCUCUAUCAUGUGCCUGUGUGUCUGAACAAGGACGUGUUCUCCAGUGCGAGUGUCAUGGCCGCAGUGUUGGGUUUGCUCCUGCCCCUAGCGUAUGAGUUUAAUCCAGGCCUGGUGCUGCAGGUCAUGGCAGAGGGCAGUGGUGGGUUGGAGGUGCGUGUCUGGGCACAGCUCACCAGCCUGCUGCAGGGGGUAGCACAGGGCACAACUCUGGCGCUGCUCAAGGGCUGCGACAGAGACAUGGUGAGGGCUACAGGAGUCUCUCUCUCUGGGGCUCCCGCUCCAUCGCUUGGGCCUCUGGAUCCUCCUCUGGCUGAGGAUGUGGAGGCUAUAGAGGCACAGAGGCAGAGACUGCAGAAGCGAUGGAGUCUACUGCUGAACACCGUUUCAGAAAGUGGAACAGAGCGUCAGGACUGAUGAAGACUCUUCCUGCUGCCAUUUGUGAACUUCAUCAUUAUCAUUUCUAUAAGUAAAGAGUCGAGGGUACCCAAUUAAUGAUGUGUGACAGUGUUUUUUUUUUUUGCUGGGUGAUAUGUUUGUGUGAAAUGGAUUUAAAUGUGACAGUGAUGUGUAUGUUGUUAUUAGAACACAUUUAUAUGUAUAGAUUUGAUAGAUGACAAAAUCCCCCACUGCCAAUUAAUGAAAAAUGUUAAGUAUGUCCUGAUUUAGUAAAAGAGAAUGUUAACAUAAAAACACUGAUACAGUGAACAAUUAAUUCAUUAAAUAUACAGCUUCUGAAUUUAUGUUCUGAAUUUGGGUAAUAUGUAAAUUUUUUACAGAUUAAAUUCUAGUGGGAAUUUUUUUUUUCCGACUUGAUAAUAUAUGACACGUUAUGUUCAGGUCAUUUUAGCAUGUGAGAAACCAUUUAAAAUAAGUACUAAUCAGAAAUGCAGUUUUAUUUCCUAUCACAUGACACUCAUACCCACUGUCCCCGACCUUGUGAAAGGAUUAUCAGAAAUAUCUACAGUAGAUUACUAAAAGAAAUAAAGAUAUACAGUCAGGUCCAUAGGUAUUUGGACAGCGACACAAUGUUCAUAAUUUUUCCUCUGUACACCACCACAGUGCAUUUGAAAUGAAGCAAUCAAGAUGUGAUUGAAGUGUAGACUUUUUUAAUUCAAGCUUUAAUUCAAGGGCUUUAACAAAAAUAUUGCAUUAACCAUUUCGGAAAUACAGCCAUUUUUUUCAUGGUCCCGCUAUUUUAACAGUAAUUAAAAUGUAAUUGUACAAUUGACUGACAAGCAGUUUUACGGCCAAAUGUGGCCAUUUGGUAGCUGUUCAUGGGAACUCAAUAUGUGGUCCAAAGAGGUGUCAGUGCAAGUGAAGGAGGCCAUCAUUAGUCUGAAAAAACAAAACAGACCUAUCAGAGACAUAGCAGAAACUUUAGGAGUGGCCAAAUCAACAACUGAAACAUUCUUACAAGGAAGAAAUGCAGCGGCGAGGUAAGAAUCACCAAAAGGCCUGGUAGACCACAAAAGAAAACUAAAGUGGACGAUUGAAGAAUUCUUCCCGUGGUGAAGAUAAAACCCCUUCAUAAAUAUAGCCAAGUCAAGAACACUCUCGAGGAGCUAAGUGUAUCAUUGUCAAAGUCUACAAUCAAGAGACGCCUUCAUGAAUGAAAAUACAGACAGUUUACCUCAAGAUGCAAACCACUGCUAACACUUAAGAACAGAAAGGCCAGAUUAGACUUUGCUAGAAAACAUCUAAAAAACAAGCCUGCCCAGGUCUGGAACAAGAUUCUUUGGACAGAUGAAACCAAGAUUAACUUGUACCAGAAUGACGGGAAGAGAAGAGUAUGGAGAAGGAAAGGAAGGGCUCAUGUUUCAAAGCAUACCACAUCAUCUGUCAAACACGUGGAGGCAGUGUUAUGGCAUGGGCAUGUAUGGCUGCCAAUGGAACUCGGUCACCGAUGAUAGGAUAGUGCUUCACGGUACAGAUCGGUCAUUACCCAAAAUGUACCGUGAAAGCAACCCAAGAGCUUCUUAAGGCAAAGAAAUUAAAUGUUUUUAAAUGGCUGAGUCAGUCACCUGACCUCGACUCAAUUGAGCUGCUUUUCACUUACUGAAGACAAAACUGAGGGCAGAAAGACUCACAAAUAAGCAGCAACUGAAGGCGGCUGCAGGAAAGGCCUGGCAAAGCAUCUCAAGGGAGGAAACUCAGCGUUUGGUGAUGUCCAUGGGUUCCAGACUUCAGGUAGUCAUUGACUGCAAAGGAUUUGCAUCCAGGUAUUAAAA